AUGCCCUAUGAAAACUGGUUGAGAACCAUCGAAGGUUUCCGGCAAGAAAAAUAUAUUAAAAAAGCAAGGCCUGUAAGCAAGUACGCGAGAAACAACAAUUCCCAUACCGUGGGGGGACAUCUUCGUACGGUAGCACCGCCUAUAAAAAUAAUUUGGAUUGGGUACCUACGUAUGCUAAAACCCACACGGACAAUCAAGGGAAUUGGGUUGAUCCGGUUGCUGAACAAAAUUACCGGAACAUACAACAGGCCACAGAUGAAUGGAGCGGCGAUGGUCCUCCAAUUGCCCUGUAUCAAGAAGCGUUGGGAGAGUGGCGAUGAUGAUACCGCGGGAGGGGGCCUAAACCUUCUUCCAACACGUCCUCGAACACGUCCUCAAACAUGUCGUCUUCGCAAGCUCGGACGCAAGAACCCUUUUCCGAGGAUUUUGUUAACAGCUUGUUCCAAACUCCGUCAUUUUUUAGCCAACUUAACAACUAUCUUGCUUCACAAGGGAAAGGAAAAGGAAAGUCAAAUGACUACGAUUCUGAUGACUUAUACGAUAGAGAAUCCGAGGAAGAUUGACUUGUUUUAAUGUAUGAUUUUGAUUUAAUUAAACGUUGU